AUGGAAGAAAAGGACAGCAACGUUGAACUGCAGGUAAAGGCAACAUCGACAAACAAAGAUUCCCCGCAAGAAGCGAUGCAAACAAGCAAAGAAGGUAGGCGAGCUAGUCACACGAAACCAUCCGUUUAAGCUGAAGAUAAGUAAGCCCUGAAAUUUGUUGGGAGUUUAAAAAUGUCUUCACUUUAAAGUAGCGGGUAAGAGUUUUUAAUUGGAGAAUUAUUCUUCAAACACUGGCAACAUUUACUGGCGCCUCCAUAAAUGAAUUUUACAAAAAAAAAGACAGUACGCGUGAAAGUUUGAUCAAGUAUUAAAAGGAUAAGUGAAAAGUUCAGUUUGUCAGGUACAGUUGUUAUUCAGAGGAAAGAUACUUGAAACAAUGAUUGACUUUUCGUUGAUUUAAAUGCAGCGGGUACCUAGUUUUGUUCAAUUCCGAGCCGCGGUUAUCCUCAAGUGUAACUUGCCAGCACAGUCAGAUGUUUUAAGUUUCCCAGCUCUGAUGCCUCUGAGUGGCUCCUAUUUCUUUUCUUCUGCUUUUGAAGGAAUCUUAUUAAUGAAGCUCUACUUGAGCUUUUUGGUAAUCUACCUUCACAUUCUCAACCGGUUUAAUAAUGCCUGCUCGGUAUUCGCCCGUGGUCUCUGCAGGUCCCAAUCAACUCAACUUCCCACUCGCCCUCUCUGAUUUCUGUAUCUAACCGGGGAUCAAAUGUGGAUUCUAACCUUAGAUUUCGCAUGGUGAAUUAGUUCUUACAUCUUUUGCUGUAAGUAGCAGCGUAUAUAGGCAGUUCACAUUCCCGCACAGCGUGCCGAGCUGGCCUCAGAUCGUUCUGGCCCUAAUAUCUUCUUGACGUAUUAGUUGGGAUAUUCCCAUCGAUUUCUCAAGCAUUUAAACCCUGUGUUAUGAAAAACACCCUUUAGGAUGAUGCAUCCAUGGGCUUGGAUCAGGCCCUUUGACUACGGAUAAUUCAAUUACGGCACACCUACCAGUUAGCCUGAGAGUCUUUUAAGACUCGAAUAUUUAAAAAUAUUUUCAAUCUAUUAAAAGAAAAAAGUUAGGUGACAUAAACCCAAUUUCGCCUGUGAUCUUUGUUGCACAUGAUAACUGAACUGCCACAACUCCUAUUGCGGUCUGCCUUUGCUUUCCUGUUUAUUGAUAAGUCCUGAAAGGGAGGCACAAAAAAAGCCGAGUUGAAUAAUUUACAAGAUCACUGAGCUUUUCUCCGCUAAAAUAAAUAGCACUACUGAGAGAAGAUUACACGCCACCACCCUACCCUCUUUAAGUAAGGCUAAGAAAACUGCCACCAAACCGAGAAUUAGGAGGUUCCGUCUGUAACUCACAGAAACGAGGUAAAUCUGGACACCAUGAUGUAAGACGUUAUCUCGUCAGCGAAAGCAGUUGGUAUUACAUUACAAGACUGAGCAAACUGACAAAUCAGCGAAAAUUAAUUUAACAAUACAAUUUGGAAUGACAAGUAAGCAAGACAGUAAAAUCUCCACAUGAUUCGUUGGCAAUAUAUUGGACUGUGUCACCUGGAAGGAAAUGUGUCUGACUUGCUAGUAGGACAAAUGAGACAAACGUUUAGCCAUUUAUAUUCUAGACAACGUUUCCUUUAGAAUCGACAUCUGACAAUUAAUAACUGCCUUUGGAUGAAAAAGUUAAGAUAAGGUACAAUUUCUUGAUCGGCUUCGGGUUCAUCCCGCCUCAAACCCCCCAACCCCAACUCCCCCCACCUUCCAGCAAUGGUUAGGCCAACAAAAGGACUCAUUUUAACCCAUGGUGCUCAAAUUCAACUUUGUUUGGGUUGGGAGGGGAGGGGUAGCUAGUUUUACUAAUAUCACAGAAAAGGUCCCAACACUUUUGACCUCCAUUGUUGCUAUUUUUUAAAAGGCUAAAACGUGUCUUCGCAUCAACUGAAUUCCAUAAAUAAUGGCGGUCCAGUUUUGUUUUUAAAGUAUAUUUAAACUAUAUUUAGGCGUUGAAACUGUCUCUUGACGUCUGUUGCAACGGAUGGCAGGGAUGGACGCGGAUUGAAACUUCAAAAAGUAUGCUAUGCCUGCAAAAAUCGCCAAAGAAAUUAUUUUUGUUAAUAUAUUUUUCAUGACUCUACAGGAACAUUUUGUGUAUUGGUAAAGACCGCACUAAGUAAUGACUUCAGCACAGAAUUAACCUGAAACAGCAACAGUAUCCUGAUGACAUAGCAGCCCUUUAAUCCCAGUAACACAGUUUUAUUUUACUCGAAAAACCCAUCAUUAUCCACUUCUGCUCAGAUGCCGGAAAAAAAAACGUCAAAAUGAAGACACAAUUUGGCCAGUGAAACACUAAAAAAGAGCGCUCACUUAGAGCAUGUUCUAUCACGUGUUACAUACAGUUUCAAUCAACAGAAUUUAGACUUUUAGUCGACUUAACUUAACCCAAAUCGUCUAAAGCGAUUACGGCGAUCGAUUAUCUCAUUGAUUCACUCGUCAUUGUGUUCAACGAUGGGACUACGCUUUGUGAAUGUCAAAGGUUUCCUUGACUAGUUCUUGUAUUGUCAAAGACAUCCCCUCAUCAGUAACGUGUUUAAAGCAACUUACUUCAAAGUCAAAUUACAAGUUUUUUACUUUUAGUUUUAACUACAGGCUAUUCUAGAAUUAAAGAAGAAUAUUCUAAUCCCUAAAAAUAUUUAUUGCUUUGCAGUCUCUUUCUAAUGCGCAGAACGUUGUUAGUGGUCAAUGACUGCCACUUUCUUGAUUCGCCGAAAUUCAAUUGGCUAGCGGCGGUUUAUGGUGUUAACGAACGUCAUUUUACUCUUUUCUCUUUUAGGAGAAAACAAAUAUUGAUCAGAAAAUUGGCAAACAACUGUAACGUGUAUCUUAGGCUAGCCACUUAAUUCUUUAUACCCUAGCGUUAUUUUAAAGGUGUUUAUUAAUCAGCUUUUCAGCGUAAUUUAUGAGAAUAUGUUUUCAUUAAUCCUUUGCUGUCUAAUUAGAACGCACCUAGAGUUUCCUAUCAAAACUCAUUUGGUAUUUACUUGGCAGCCGAUCAGCUGUCUCCUUGUUCAGGUAAACAAUGCAAAAAUGUUCAACAUUUUAAAUUUUACAAUCAUAAACCUAGCUGAAAUUCAUCGAAAAUAAAAAUAAGAAUGAAGAGUUUUUAUCCAGCAAUAAGGUGUUAAAAUAUAAGAUUAAACUCGGCUUCCGCGUUUGGUUCUACCUUUUUUUAAAACUGAGUGAUAUAUAAUAAGAUAAGAGCUGUCAGUCAUUAGCUUUAAAAACUGACUAAAUUUCAAUAUAUUGACAAGUCAGGAAGAAUGAGUGAGUAGCCUUUUUUUAGAUACAUAUUUUCUUGAAAACACUAUUAGCCUUAUUGUUUUUCUUUGAUGUUACUUUUGAAAGCUUUUAAGAAGAGAAAAAGGGACAAAAAGCUUACCAGUGUUAAGCCCAGCUCCUGUGUCUGAUUAAUAAUGGAGUUUUGUUAAUUAGUGCUUGUGGUCUGCUUACCGAUUUAAAUUACCAAAGGCGAUGUGGAAAGUUCUUAAUGGACAGUUAAUUAAAAUGGAGGAAUAUACUCUAAUUUAAAAAUUCACUAAGCUUAGUGGUACAAUUGUACUUUUAAGACACGUUGAGUAGUUGAAAACGCACACACACAUUUUCGCGAUGAAUGCAUAAGAAAACCUGUACUCUUUUCUGUUAAACAUGUCCUUUACAGGUUACGCCAUGAUGAUUGUGCCGGGCCACAGUAGGACAGUAGUGGUGAAUGUAGCAUUAUUAGCGGCCUGUCUAAUUCAUUAAUAAACGUCUAAAGCAGCUGGGCUGUUCUUUUCUUGCUAAUUUACAUGCUAAUAAUGCUUCAAGAACGAAUAUCACGGACAAGUUGUUAAUUGAUAGAGGUUUAAGUGCCAUGUGCAGGGCGCACGAGUUGCAAUCAUGUCAUCAAUCCAGUGGCCAUAAAAUGAACAAAACUGGGGCAGCUUGAAUCUUGUGCGAUCAUUUCGUUUAGUGCGUUUCUCUUGUUGCAAUCAAGUUCGAUAACGGGCAAAGGCAAUGAAUUUGGACGAAAUACAAGACUUGGAAGCAGGUAAAACAUCAACAAUUUAGAUCAAUCGCGAAGAAGAAGGGGCACAUUAGAAUCAAUCAUAAGCGCCGAAUAGGACAAGUUUUACAUGGCACAAAGCGCAUUUUUCCUUUUUUUUUUCGUUCUAAAUUUUAUCGGACAUAGAGUAUAAUUCAGAAAUAGUUGCUCGUGUAAAUGGUCUCUCAUAAAAUUUGCAGCGGCGGCGGCGGUGUUCCUGGCGCCACUAAAUUUCCAGUCAAUAGCUAAACGCUGACGACCAUAUCAGUAGCAAUUCCGGUUGUGCUAUGGCGAGGUGAGCCGUUGGGAUUCCAUUAAAACAUCGCAACGAAAAAAAAAUGCUGUUGACUCGUGAGCUUUCACAGAUACGUUCCAAUAGAUUUUCAGUGGGAUGUAGGUCGAUCGUUGGAAUUUCCGCUUUAAUUUUGACUGAGAAGUCUUGGUUACUUAAAUGAACCCAAUACGCCUCAGUUAAUAUAAACACUAAGGAAACUGAGGUACUCGGAAACUAAUCAACUUUACCGAUCGCCGAAUACUCUGGAACUUUGUUGUAAAUAGCAACUAGACAGAUACUCUAAUUGGUGUCGGCGCAUGUUCAGUUAAGUCUUAUUCACUUUUAAGGAAAUACCACUUUUGAUAUAAGGUUUUGCGGCGGUGAUGUUGAAAAGCUUUCGCAAUUUUUAAAGCCAACACCACGCGGUAAAAUUAUGGCUAUAUCGCUGAGUGCACUGGUCAGGCCAUUAACUCAAGAUCCAUUAAGGUAGGCUGAGUGAGAAUGUCAAGAUAAUUAAGCAAGAUUCCGCCUAAGGGGCACCACAUUCAUAAUAUCUGACGUAGGUACCGGUAAUAAUGGACCUUUUAACACUAGAUUAAACACACUUCUCAAUAAUUUGCUUGAAAGAUGUAGAGGAGGUCCACGUUAAAUUCUGACGUCAACAGUGUUUUCUGAAGGUUCCCCUAGCAGCUGGAUUGCUUUCUCGGCUUAAAGGGGAAGGCAAAAAUACGUUUGAAGUGUGAGUGAGGCCGAGUGAUCUGGGGUUAUAAAGCCGCAAUGUAUAUUAUGGUUUGGAGAAAUGAAGCUGUGCAUUUUAUCUACUUUUAUUUGGAUUCCACCUGCUAUGGUGCGUUCUAGGUGGGAACAAAGCUUAACAAUUUUGUAUCUGUCUUUGGCGGACUUGAGGAUCAAACGUUUUUUGUUUGUGAGCUCCUAGCAAUAAAAGCUGCUUUACAUUCUUAGAGACAGCUACACACAGUAGCUCUAGGCUGUGUUUAGAUAUCGAAACUGCUGAGUCACUUUUACAUAAGGCAAAAUCCUAACGACUGGUUUGUAAAAUGCAAUAACAACAAUGAACUAUUUAAGAAAACAAGUCAGUCGAAAUUACCAGACCCUGAGCUGCAUUUAUUAGGCCACAAUUACAAGACUGACUUAAAUUAUUAACCAAUCGAUUUCCCCCAUUGCACAAUUAAUUUUCCUUGUUUGCUCUACUAAUAAAGAUGGUAUUUACACUUUCUAAAGGCUUGAUUAUUUAUGUAAAUACCACUUGCAAAGCUCCACACUUCGGCUAAAUAGCCUAACAAACUCAAUAUUAGAGAUUUAGCAAAAAACGGUCUCAAGUGUUUCUAGUUUACGUCUGCUUUUAAAAUUUACGCCCAAGGCUGCAGAAAACGUUGCAAGACUUACCGUGUUGCAAACGUCAACGAUCGAGCGAUUCGGCUACAGGCACGUGCCAUAGAUUUUAUUGUUUAAAAAAGAAUUCAAUUAAAAUUUCUACCCUGUUGGAAGUUCGCAGCACCCGUGGAGAUAUUUACAAAAUGAAAACUUAUAUAAGUUCUUUUCUUCAAUUUCUGUUCAUGUACUCAACAGAGCUCUUUGAAAGCUAGGUGAAUUAAAAUGAAUAUGAUGGAAAACUCUUACAAGCCAUUCGGCUUCGAGAUAAAAGCCAACUAAAAUCGAAAUUCGACAGCCACCCUGAAUAAAAAGUAUUGUUUAAAAGAUUUAAAUUUCAUGGUCAGGAGUGGUUUUAAAAUAACCCCAAAAUUUUAUUUACGUUUUAUAGAAAGGUUUUAAAACCAAACGUCCGAAGGAAUGUCAUGUUUUUCGGACACUAUGUGAGCCCAGGAGUAAAUAGUCGUGCUUUAUCAACCAAUAUAGAUAGCCAAGGGAACCUGCAACAAAACAAUAAGAAUUUGGUUUGUUUAAAUUUGAAUUCUGUUUUGUUUAAAGCAAGACUUAAUUUAAGAAUUACCGUUUUUAGCUCCGUGGAGUGCAUGUCUGACGUUCGAUAGAGAUCUCAGGUCCGUUCAGAAAUUACUCAUGACUCUUACAGGGGGAAACUAUCAGCUUCUGAUCCGGCUUAACCAACACAUGGUAAAUCCAAACGAAAGUUCUAAACAACUGAGACUUUCUCUAGGCUAUGAAAAUAAAAUUAAAAGAUAAAUAAACAAAAAACAACAGACACUGUGCCACUCUAUGUGAACGUAAUCUUGAGCGAUAUAUUACAUAAAUUUAAUUCGUGGGAAAGUACGACUGCUAUUUACAAGAAAAAAAGGACUGAAAUGAAAAAAAACGUAAUCAAGAGAAAAAGAGCAAAAAUUUGACGCCGUACAACUGAUGCGGAUACAUGUGGUUAGGCGUUCAAAGUGCAUUAGAGAAAAAUAAUUAUAAAGACCAAACACGUCUGGCUGUGUCUACCAACGCGGACAAAGAAAUUAAUAACCUUUUACACGAAACCCCGAUGUUUUCGGCUUUUUGUGAAGACACGUAUUCUCGAAUCUCUCUCCUACUGAGUGGGUUUCAUUGCAAUAUGCCGUGACAUGCCAACUGGCUAUUUAUCUUAUCUUCCACAGGAACAUGUGGUCAUUGCCUGGUGCGGUUCCAAAUGUGUAAAAAUCGAUCUUUUGGACCUUGUGAUCUUAGUUUCUCAGGCAAGAUUCAAACUAUGAAAUCCAAUUACCGAAUCAUUUUUAAGUUCUCAUUGGACGCAUGCGUGCGAUCAUCCAGUUAAUUUACCUCGCAAAAAGAUAAUGGCUUGUUCAAGACGAGCAAACAGUUCAAUUGCUUUUAUAAUUAGCCAAGGCAUCAUAUUAGCGGUAAUGAAUAACACCAUGAUUCCUCCUCCUCCUCCGGGGUAUAUUGAUCUAUAUUGGUUGACAUCCCCAUCAUCCUUAGCAGUGCUGCGUAUAAGCCCAUGAUUGGUUGAGCUGAGUUUGUUUAAUUUCCCUUUAGACAGAUGUUCGGCGGGUUCUUGGUUGUCAGCUUGUUAAUUGCAUUCCGUUUACUCGCAAUUGUAUUCUUAACAAAUGAUCCUUUCAAGUGAUUCGGGACUUAAAUAAAUUGCUUCCCAGGAGAAGAAUAGAAAAAUCAAUUUAAGUGUUGCUUUUAUGACAUCCGAACUCAGCCGCAUCGAUUUUCCGAGAAUUACUCUCUUUCGUCUCAAACUUGACUGGCGGGAUGCCUUCCAGGGAAAGAAACCAUCAAGAUAAAGAUUAGCGACUUUUCGAAUAACAAGUGCUCCCCCCCCCCGAAAAAAACCCCAGGUACGAUGACAUAUCACGUGACUUAAUUAAACUUCGAAAACCACAGCGUAUCGUGUUGGUAAUUACUGCAAGUGAUACACGGGGUGUAGAGAUGACUUAACUACUGCCUUAUUAAAGCCAUUAACCAAUCAGAGACUGGGAAACUGUGAACGUAAUGGCAACAUCUCUUAGUUGAUGACAACUAAUUGUGUCUUGGUCAUUUAGGGUUUGAAGCUGAUUUGAUGUCGAAUUGAUUAGGCUUAAUUCGCUGUCAUAUGAUGAAUGUUUUGAAUAACGUACACUGUUACCCGAGUUGUUUUAACAAACAACGGCCACUGGCUAAUUCCUACUCAGUGUCACAAAGGCUGACAACGCAACCACACGACUAGAAACAACAGCAGCGCAGAAACUUCCGCCGCCAUCACCGGUUAAUAAAAUGGACAAGACUAACGUGAACAGUGAGUUCGCACGUUUUAUGCUCGGUUGAAUCCGCGAGCUUUGUAGUGUUGGUCGACAGCGCGCGUGGUCUAACCUUCGAUGUAAACCAUUUUAUGUUUCCUACUCCGACGUGUUCAGUCAAAACGCUGUUCAAAAGGAAACAAGGACAACCAACCGAGAAAUUUUAGUCUUAACUGUCGCUCUCAUUUCUCGCUGUAGGUCGAUGUCUUCAAGGAGGAAUACGAAGUUGUGGAGGAUGCGGAGAAAAAAUUUUGGAUCGAUUUCUUCUUCUGGCUUUGGACCAGUACUGGCACGUUAACUGCUUGAAAUGUUCUUGUUGUAAUGUAAGAUUGGGGGAAGUAGGAUCAUCGUGUUACGCCAAAGGUGGAAUGAUCUUGUGCAAGACCGACUACGUUAAGUAAGUCCUGGUUUAUUCUGUUAUUUCGUUUUUGUGUGUCCGUUCGAUUUGUUGUUUAAUAUUAUUUCAAUAUCCUGGGUAAAGUUUGUUUUGCGGAGUAUUUUUAUUUCGUGUGUGACAUCUCAUCUUGUAAUGAGCUAUUUUCUUCUUUUAAAAUUUGUGGCGACUCACUUGUGUAUGUGCUGAGUUUUAUCGCAAGUAAUACAUGUUUUCCUGCUCCCGCCAACAUUUCUCCUUUUUUAACGAGUGGCAUGGCCUCGUGUUGUAAAUACUUUCUUAAGUGGCUUUUAUCUUCCAUUAUAUUAAUAUUUUUUUGCUCCUUUAUUUCACCCGGGUGUACGAGGUCAGCUUUUUGCAUACAUUUAGUCAACGUAAUAUUUCUUCCAUUAUGAAAGUGCAAUUAAUAACAUAGAUUAUAAAAGCUUCAGAGAAUGCCUGGUAUUAGUGGCUCACGGUAACCUCAACACUCAUUAGCGUGUUAAUAUUUCACCUUCCAAAGGCGAUUUACUUCAUUUGUCUAUGUAAUUUACAGUUGUUUGGCAAAAUUUCGCAGUCCUUCCGAAAUUAGUACACAAAAGCUUUUCCUAUCUACUAGACGUGCUUUUUUAAUUUUAAUAAACAGGAUUUUUAAUAUGCCAUUCCAGGCAGGUUAACAUAUCCACCGCAUUAUCAACGUCAAAUUGAAUGGCCCGUGAAGAACAAUUUAUCGCUAUUCCAAAUAUUGGCUUUAUACGCUUUUAUCUCUAAUUACUUAGAACAUAUUAAAUCCUGCGUUAUCAGAUCCGACUGCCGAGCUGCUUCUGGCUGGGAUCUCAUUUUCAAGCGCUUAUUGCUUUUUAGGUUAUAUGGAUCUAGUGGAGCAUGCGCAGUAUGUGCCAAGUUAAUUCCCGCCACGGAGUUUGUAAUGAAAGUUCUGGGUAAAGUUUAUCAUAUCAACUGCUUUAACUGCACAACUUGCCACAAUCAGCUUGUCGCUGGAGACCGAUUUCACGUCGUAAAUGGGAGGCUUUUCUGUGAGAAUGAUGACCCACGACUACUAAAACAACAACUUCACGCCACAAAACAAACGGUAAGCAAAAAGCCCUUUCAACCCCAAAACGUCUGUCAAAAUACAUCUUCAAUAAAUUUUAUCCCCUUGGAUAAUACUUAUUUGGUUUUAAUAUCUCCGAGCUUUUUGCUUAAGCUAAUAUUAAGUCAUCAAUUUUGACAUUUCAUUUGACUAUUUUGGUGAAAAGGAAACACGUUUUUAAUUUUGCGACGUAUUGCCAUAUUGCUUUUUACCGCAUAAUCAUGUCAGAUUACACGGAUAUUCGAGCAAUAUAAAUAGUAGGCACUUACACUUGUGUUCGAGUUCCAUUUUCUCAAAGCAUUUCUCAACUGGAAAAAGAUAUUGUUUCUUAAACAAUUUGCCCAUCGCUUUGGUGAAGCAAUUUGCAUCCAUAAAAAAAUUUGUUAGAUUACGAUCUCUAUCUCACCCCAAGGCACACAGAUAAGACAAUGGGAAGCAGUUUUUAAUACGAAUUAAUUAAGACUUUAAAUUGGUUCUGCUGCCUUGUCGAUAAGAUAUGGCAAAAUAUUCAAGGCAAAGCGUUGAUUAGUGCAACUGUUAAAACAUCGACUACAAUGGCCGGAAUUACAAGUGAAUCUUCAUCAAUACCAUUUCCAUUCCCAAAUGUGGUUUAAGUAAUUCUAUGCCGAUGCACUUAGAAAACUUUCCUGCACUUUAGUAACACAGGAAAUAAUUAAAGGCCAUUUUCCAAGGCGCUGCUUUUAGACGAAAUUUCGAUUGAAAAAAAUCCUAAGUCCAUCAACUUUAAUUUGCCCCAGUUCACUUAACUGUCAAUAAUAUUUGAUAUUUUAACAUUCAAAUCUUCGCCUUGAUCUUUGGUAAAGAAAAUGAAGCUCCCGCCCGGUCAGUCUCAUCCCCGACAUGAACCGAAAGAGUAUUGGUUCAUCAUUUUAGUCAAGAUAUGACAUCAUUUUUGCGAGAUAGGCCAAGAGUAUGAGAAGUGUUUUUCUUCUUAAUUGCAAAAACCAAAACUAAUGAUUCGAAACGGAACAAAAAAGAAAGAGUUCGAGCAGAUUACAAAACUAAAACACACUAUAGGGUAAUUGAGUAUAGUCAUACGAAACAAAGUAAAUUAGCCGGGCAGCUUAAGGGAACACCGUAAUUAGUAAAUGAAGUCUUUUUUCCUUUCCUCCGCUAAUCAGCUAUGAGAACGCGAUGAAGCCGCAGAAAUUAAUUUACUGCAGGGACCUUGUAAUUUCUUUUUCUUUCGGUUCGAACACCUUGUUUUCAACGCGAAAUUAAAUUAAAAUUCUCUUUGAAAAAUGAGCAAAGAGUAAUUAUUUCCUGUUUAUUACGCGGACGUCUUUGAAAUCGAUGUUUUAAUUUCGAAUUUGGUGAAUUAGAUAAAAUUGGGUUUUGUGGUUUUCAAGCUUUUAACAGAAAUGAUCCUUUCGUCUCAACGCACAAUCAGUGCUAUCUUGUGAAAAAUAUCGUGGAAAAGUGUUAAGCCGAGUGCACGAUAUUUACAGCUUUUUAGCACGGUUAAAUUUCUCAAAAACUAAUAACAAGAAAAGUACGUAAUUUUGUGUUUCUGAAGUUUUAAGUUUUCAAUUAACCGAUGACUAGACGGCAAAGGAACUGAAACAUAAAACCAUAGAGUAUUCCAAUUUUGUUUUACUUGAUUUUUACUCUUAAUAGUUCCUUUCAGCGAGUAAAUAUCUGGUGUCGAUUGAUGUUGUUAUUAUUUUCUUACAUGCAUAUUUUUGUCUACUUUCAGGUAUGUUAAUGAGAGUCGAGCGAAAUCUUUAUAAGCGAUUAAGCCUCAGAAAAUGACACAAUCAAAAGGCCCCCGGAUGAGGAGACAAGGUCUUUUUUAGAACCAGACUUGACGAAGUCUAAAGUUGAACAAUAAAGCAAGGAACACAUCAUAGUAUCUUACAUAAAGAAGAAUCGACUUCCAGGAUGUCUUGUUAGCUUAGUCAAAAUGUUGUUUUGAAUCAUGUUGCUUUUGAGCAGGCUGCAGACACGCCAUUGUUAAAUCCAAAAUUGUCAAAUAAUUUGUCCAUGAGGAGCAGUGACAUUAUAUUAAUAUGACUCGAAAGGAAAUUCACCAAGGAAAACUUUUAGUUUAGCAAGGAAACAUACGUAAGAAAACAAAUUAAAAGUAUAUUUGUGAUCAAAAAUUGUCUCUUAGAA